GCCUUGCGAGCAGCCAAUGGCAGGGGCGGCGCCGCUUGUUGUCGCCCCGUGAGGCGGCUGCGCCCUGGGCUCGGUGCCGCCGCCGCCGCCGCCGCCGCAGGAGGAGGAGGGACCCGGGAGGCCCCAGGCCCCCGUGCCCGCUCGCCCCUCGCCGCCCUCACCGGCCCCGCAGCCCCCGCGGAGGGCGGGGAGAUGCAGCCCCCGGGCGCUCAGCAGCCGCCGCUCUACGCGCCCAGCAGCGGGGACUUCACCUUCGUCUCGUCGGCGGACGCCGAAGAUCUGAGUGGCUCCAUAACAACUCCAGAUGUUAAGUUAAAUCUUGGAGGAGAAUUCAUCAAAGAAUCUACUGCAACUACAUUCCUAAGACAGAGAGGGUAUGGCUGGCUUCUGGAAGUGGAAGAUGAUGACCCAGAAGAUAACAAGCCACUCCUGGAAGAACUUGACAUUGAUCUGAAGGAUAUUUACUACAAAAUUCGAUGUGUGUUGAUGCCUAUGCCAUCUCUUGGGUUCAAUAGGCAGGUAGUGAGAGACAAUCCAGACUUUUGGGGUCCUCUGGCAGUUGUGCUCUUCUUCUCAAUGGUUUCAUUAUAUGGACAGUUUAAGGUUGUUUCUUGGAUUAUAACUAUUUGGAUAUUUGGAUCCUUGACAAUUUUUUUACUGGCCAGAGUUCUUGGAGGAGAGGUUGCUUAUGGCCAAGUUCUUGGUGUAAUAGGAUAUUCCCUACUUCCCCUCAUUGUCAUAGCACCUGUACUUUUGGUGGUUGGAUCAUUUGAAGUUGUUUCUACCCUAAUAAAACUGUUCGGAGUCUUUUGGGCUGCAUACAGUGCUGCAUCAUUACUAGUUGGAGAAGAAUUCAAGACCAAGAAACCCCUUCUAAUUUAUCCAAUCUUUUUAUUAUACAUUUAUUUUCUGUCCUUGUACACUGGGGUGUGAUCUAGUGUUAAGAUGGGGCCAGAAACCAUAUUUUAGUCACUUGCAGACUGAUAAUGCGUAAGAUUGAGGAGACUGGAGAUAAUACAAGUGACUGUUUUGUAUCCAGUUGUCAAGAUGUUUUAAGAUCGAAGAGCAUAUUUGUGUAUAUUAUUUAAUGAAGCAAUUGUAGCUAUAUAGAUUUGUAUCAAAGUUCUAGGUUUGUUUAGGACUCUUCAGAUUUUAAUGAACAAAAUAAAAAACCCUUGUGUUUUAUAACAAAGCGUAGCAAAACCACAACUCAAUACCUGUGCCAAAAGCACUGGGACCAUAUUACUAUGUUCAAGAAGAAAAAAUGAGAAGCUAACUGUAACAAUCUCAAAGUGCAAUUUUUCUUUUGAGUUUAAACACAGCUGGCUUUUUUUGGCACAGCAAAUUCUGUAGAUAAUAUAUAUUUAUGAAACGGUCCUGAUUGUUCACAGAAUAGUCUGUAUAAUCAAGACAAGAAGAUACUACUUUUAAUUUAGUGCCUCAAUUACUUUGAUUUGGCUGUUGAGUUUUUAUAAAUUCCAAUUUGUUUUCAAAACAUGUAUAUACUGUGUAUUUUGUAUCUAUGGCUUGUGUGUACCGUAAAUACUCCUUGGUUAAGGAUGUAUAUUGGAUUUUUAAAAAUUGAAGAUACAAAUAUUUGAAUUCUUCAUUUACUAUCUCUGACCAAAGGAGCAAGAUAUUUACAGUGUGACAUAAUUAAUUAAAAUGCAUAUUUAGAGAAUCAAAUUAUUUUACUUAAAAGUAUAAAUUUACGGAGAAAUGGGUGAACACCUUUCUCAACUCUAGUGCUGGCUUAGUGUUGGAGAAAAAAGAUGAUCUAUCAAAUUUGUGUGAUCUUUAAACAAUGUUAUUUUAUGAUGACAAAAUAAAAAUAAUGCUUCCCUAACUAUGUUUUA